AUGCCUUCAAAUAACCACCACGGCCGGACCCGUCGAGGCCCAAAGAUGGGUGCUCAAAACGCGCAGCGUCAGUUCCGGGGUGUCAAGAGCAUGCGAGAGCUCGCCGAGGCUCCUGCCGUGACUGCUUUCCGUGCUCGCUUUGAGGCUGGCCGCUCUUUCGACCUGGAUGAUGACUUGGAGUUUUGCCCUAACCUCCUGACGGACGAAGACCUGCACUCUAUCCACUCCGCUUCUUCCGACCGGUCAUCGCUCUCCAGCGGUUCUCCAGACACCUCACCCUUGCAGCACCAGAUCCAACCGGUGCAGCAGGUCACUCCCGCCAUCUCCCUCUCCCCCGCCUCGGCUAACUCUUAUGUCCAUGGGGUUGCCGGUAAUCCUAAUCACACCAACUACCAACAGCCUGCCAACCGGACCCGCAAAGUCAUUCCUAUCAUCAACCCCAACACCGGAAUGACCUUGUCCAGCCCGCCCUCGUCGAUCACCCCAGCGAUGAUGCAGACGGCUCAGCGCCGUUGGUGA